AUGGCGGGUGUUGUCGUGCCUCAGGACCAUGGCGCCCACCUCAGCGGUGGCGGCGACCACGAGGCCAAGAUGGGCGUGAUGCACAAGAGCAGUCUCGACGCCCACAGCGGCAGCGGCGAAGUGACCUCGGCCGAUCAGCUCCUCGAGUCCCUCGGAUACGCCCCCGAAAUGACCCGCAACCGAUCGACUCUGCAGGUGGCCUUCAUGUCCUUCGUGCUGGCAGCGAUCCCCUACGGCCUCUCGACAACGAUGUACUAUCCCCUGGCCGGUGGUGGCCCGACCAAUGUCAUCUGGGGCUGGCUUCUCGUGUCCUGCAUCAUCCUGUGCGUGGCUGCGUCUCUGGGCGAGAUCACCAGCGUUUAUCCGACCGCCGGUGGCGUCUACUACCAGACAUUUAUGCUGUCGCCGCCGAAAUGGAGGCGUGUGGCGAGCUGGAUCUGUGGCUGGCUCUAUGUCGUCGGAAACGUGACCAUCACGCUCGCCGUUAACUUCGGUACCGCCCUGUUCCUGGUUGCCUGCAUUGGUGUCUUCGAGAACGCGGCUGGUGAGAGCAUCUUCCCCGGGGAGACGUAUCAGAUUUUCCUGAUCUUCUUGGCCAUCACUCUGCUGUGCAAUGCUGUGUCAGCCCUGGGUGACAAGUGGCUUCCCAUUCUCGACACAGCCGCCAUCUUCUGGACGUUUGCCGGUUUGAUAUCCAUCGUUGUCUGCAUUCUUGCCAUCGCAAAGAACGGCCGCCACUCCGCCGAAUACGUCUUCACCACCUUUGAGCCGCGGUCUGGGUGGACGCCUGGCUGGUCCUUCUGUGUUGGCCUCUUGCAGGCCGCUUAUGCCACUUCAUCGACAGGCAUGAUCAUCUCAAUGUGCGAAGAAGUACGCGCGCCCGCCACGCAGGUCCCCAAGGCCAUGGUCUUCACCGUUGUGCUCAAUACCUUCGCUGGUCUGUUGACUCUCAUUCCGAUGAUGUUUGUCCUCCCGAAUAUCGACGACCUUGUGGCCCUCGCCUCCGGCCAGCCAGUCCCCGCGAUCAUCAAGUCUGCCGUCGGCUCGUCGGGAGGUGCCUUUGGUCUGCUUAUCCCGUUGCUUGUGCUCGCUCUCAUCUGCGGCAUCGGAUGCACAACAGCCUCGUCUCGGUGUAUCUGGGCUUUUGCUAGGGACGGCGCCAUUCCGGGGUCCCACCUGUGGAAGACGAUUGACGGCAAGAUGGGUGUACCUUUCAACGCUAUGAUGCUGUCCAUGGUUGUCCAGAUCAUUCUGGGCCUCAUCUACUUCGGCUCGACUGCCGCCUUCAAUGCCUUCUCCGGCGUUGGUGUCAUCUGCCUCACGACGAGUUACGCCAUGCCCAUCGCCGUCAACCUCCUGAACAACAGGGAAGCCAUCAAGGGAGCGAGCUUCCACCUGGGCACUUUGGGUACUGUCUGCAACUACGUCGCGCUCGCCUGGUCACUUCUAGCCAUCCCGCUGUUCUGUAUGCCGACCACCGUGCCUGUGCAGGCUGCCACCAUGAACUAUGCGUCUGUCGUCUUCGUCGCCUUCACCUUUAUUUCGACCGCCUGGUACUUCGUCUGGGGCCACGCAAACUAUGCCGGACCACCAACGUAG